AUGCCGCUUGUCACCAAUCCCGCCUGGGCACCGGCGGAGCCGCAUAGUGCCCUGCUGGUCGAACGUUCCCAGUUUAUCGGAUUACUAUUAGCAUGGGGCGCCUGGGGCAUCCUUGUCGCUGUAACAAUACACUGUGUGAGGGUCCUCUGGCGCAAUGUGCGCCAGGGAAAGAGGCGGCACAUCUACUUGCUCGUCUACGUCUUGCUAGUCAUCUCCCUCGCAACGGCUGGUCUUUUCCUUGCAACGAAAUGGACGCAGACUUGGUUAAUUGAUCAAAGAAACUACCCCGGAGGCCCUGUGGCGUACUAUGAGAAGUUCAACGCCAAUCCCAUCACCACGGGCGAGCGCGUCUGUGACUUCAUGGUCAAUUGGCUGGCGGACGGACUCCUGACAUAUCGUGUCUAUGUCAUCUACGAGGGACGGCUGCUUUUCGUGGCCCUCCCCAUUCUAACAUUCCUGGCUUCGUUCUCCCUGUCAAUCAUCGAGCUCUAUCUCGUCUCACGCCCAGGCUCUUCCAUCUUGCUAGCUAAUAGCGUCAAGUUCGGCCUCGCAUACUGGUCUCUAUCAGUUGCCGUGAACGUCAUCGUCACAAUCCUUAUUGUCCUGCGUCUGUUCGCUGCACGGCGUACCCUCGCAAAAGCCAUGGGGACUGCUGGGCGUGACUCUGGUGAACUCUAUACCAACGUAUCCGCCAUUCUUGUCGAGAGCGCGGCGAUAUACACGAUACCUGCGAUCAUCUUCCUCGUCGGCUAUGGAGUGGGAGACGUCUUGAAUGCAUCUGUAGAUGCAGUCGAAGUCAUACAGGGCAUCGCACCGCUUCUCAUCAUUCUGCGCGUCGCCAAUGGCAGUGCAUAUUCAGCCACCACCAUCUCCGACCUGACCGACAGCUCGGGCGAUCUGGAUAAACGCACACAUCGCAUGGCUAGCCUGCGGUUUGCCUCGCACGUACAGUCAUCGACAGGACACAGUGAACAGACCGAAGACUUGACAUCGAAAGAUGAACGACUUGCAGUCCCAGUCAUCCUGAUGGAUAGCGACGACAAGGGCGCACGAUCCUCAGUACAAUCCAUCUCGCCCUACCCUACUACGCAUAGGGACUCCGAUGCUACCGCACUGAAAAAUGGUCGGCAUCUGAGCACCUCUCCAUCUACGACUGGCCUGCGUAUCGGACACAACAGAACAGUGUCCCCCGUGGAACGGCACGAGCGAAUUGCCGCAUACGUAUCGGCCUGGCGCGGUCUUGAAUGGCGCCGAACGCUUCGCAUACCUUUCCCUCCGGCCGAUGCGACACAAAUUCACGCAACACGUCUGCCGAGUCCUCUGCGCGGCGUUGCGCGCCAAAACAUCACCCGCCACUUGCCGAGUGAAGUCAGAGCGUGGGCACUGGACACAGCCCAGGAUUUGUUACUAUUCAUCGAGCAAAACGAAGAUGGACCGCCGUACCCAGUGCACUGUAUCUCAACUAAGACAGGAAGAAGGCAUCCCAGAGCGGCUCGCUUGCCUUCGCUGCAUGAAGAAGAGGAUCCUUGGCUUGCUUCGAAUGAAGACGUUGUCCGGAUUCACGGCCUCCUCGCUGGCGUCGUUCAUGCCGGAUGCCUAAGAGUAUAUGAGUGGCGCACAGGAAACUUGCUACUAGAGGUUCCUUGCCUAGACGACUUCACAUUUCUCGAUAGCUCCCAUGUGCUGUUGACCCAGUACGAUCCUGAUACCCUAUUGCCGUCAAUAAUUUUAUACCCGCUAUCGCAUGAUCAACCUGAUCCCUACUCGCCUGCAUACCGCUUCAAUCUCCCGAGGCUGCGUUCCGCUUUGGAUGGCGCUGAAGUCUUCGUACGGCUUGCUGCUGAUAGCCCUCCACCGACCUCUCGCUUCGGGGCAUUCUAUGCAGACCCUUCGCCAAAUCAUCGCGCCUUAUUCAUACGGCUGGAAGUCUUCACGCUCUCAGAUCCCAACAAUAGCGACGACCAUGCGAGCACUUUGUGUGUGCCAUUGGGCUUCUUCAUGCGCGUCAUUGAGGGAACUUGGAACUCCCUGAAUGUGCUGCAAAGGGACGAGCACGGCACCGCUGUGAUUCAAUGGCAUAUUUGGGGCCCACCGACAUGCGGCUUGAUCCCGCCCACUGCAGGCGCACCUUCUGAACCCGGCGUGUUCGGCUGUCGCGCCGCGAGAGUCAUCCCCGGAUCGAACCUCCGCAUAUCGAUUCCUUUCGCACAAACGACCUCGCCGAUCGACGUUACUGCCGUCGAAGACGAGCUGGCCAGAUUCACCCCUGAUCCGAGCGACGUAUUCCUCGAGGUCUUCGAUUUCCAUCCGGGACGCGUGGCACUUGCGCGAGCAACGCUCGUGAGAUCUCAAUCUGCCCUCAACAAUGCUCGAAGGGACGAGAUUGCAGCUGGAGCUGACGUCCGCGCGGACGACGUACUGUCUGCGAUGGACCUGGACGUUGGCACAUGGUCAAUACAGAAGUCGGGACAUCUCGACACGCGUAUAUGGGACGUGUCGCCAUUCAACUCACAGACGAUUGAAACCGACAUUGGAGCAGCGUCACAACUUCAACUGCCAUACAUCCUCACUCGUCGACGCGUCCCUACCCAGUAUGUUCUUGGGGAGAAUGGCGGCAAAGCGAUUCUAACGGAGGAUGCCGUAUUGUACGUCCCCGUGCGCGACUUCGUGACGGGUGAACCGGAGGAAUAUGUAGCCUUCGUCUUCUAA